AUGCCGCCUCCUGUUCAGGUUGCCUACAAGCCUCUCAACAAGCCUGAGGUUGGCGACAAUGGCUAUGUUGAACCCACUCCAGGAAAGUCUGAAGUGCUGAAGAAGGGCUCCAGACCCUUCGACGCGAGACCUCUUGACUCUGAUGUCCGCAUUGAUCACGAUGUUGAAAUUGUUGUCCGUGAUGGCUGCCGCCUCUACGUCGAUAUUUAUCGCCCGACGGGUUCUGAAAAGGUUCCUGUCAUAAUCUCCUGGUCUCCUUAUGGCAAGAAGUACUCGGCCAUUGACAUGAUCUUCAAUGUGUGCACAUGGGCCUGCUGUCUGACAAAAGACGACGUCAGUGGACUGGAGAAGUUCGAAGGUCUUGACCCUGCUUGGUGGGUAAACCAGGGCUAUGCAAUUGCGCAUGUUGAUGCCCGCGGAGCCGGUAAUAGCGACGGCGACGCGUGCUGUAUGGGUGCACAAGAAGCCGAGGACGCUCACGAUGUCAUCGAGAACCCCCCUUCGUUAAAGGCAAUUGCGCCUUGGGAGGGAUCCGGAGAUAUCUUCCGCGAGCAGUUCUGCCGAGGAGGCUGGUUCACUAUGAGCAACUUCGAUCUUAUCACUACUCUUGUUAUCAAAGGUCAGCAUGGCGUUGAGGACUUUGCAGAAAUGUAUCGCAGAAGCCCUCAGGCUAAUGCUUAUUGGAACGAUAAGCGUGUGGAUUUCUCCAAGAUCAACAUUCCGGUUUUUAUCACAGGCUCUGAUCUCAGCCAGAUUCACACCAUGGGUGCUGUGCGAGGCUGGAUGGAGCUGGCAAGUGACAAGAAAUGGAUCAAGUGGUGUGGACAUCAGGAGUGGUUUGAGCUUUACUCGGUGAAGGAAAGCUACCCCGAGCUUAAGAAAUACUUCGACAAGUACCUCAAGGGUAUCGACAACGACUGGGAAGAGACACCCCGAGUGCGCUGGACAACUCUCCAGUUUGACGAAGGAAAGGUCAAGAGCAACAUUGAGCUUCCUGACUUCCCUGUCCCCGAUACUGACUAUCGCUCAUUCUACCUGGGAGACAACGAUGCACUUCUAGAUAGUGCACCAUCUUCAGGUAUCAAGACCUACAACUCUGAAGAUCGCUGGUCCAUCGCAAAGUUCCGAUACACUUUCGACAAGCACACAAGAAUCAUCGGAAUGCCCAAAGCAGAGCUCUACAUGAGCUGUGACGAUUUAGACGACAUGGUUGUCUUCGUGCAAGUUCGCAAGCUGGACAAGAACGGCAAGGAGUUGAGCCACUUGCAGUUCCCCAUUGAGAAGACUCCCGUGGAGUCUGUUGAUGCAAUGGACGAGAAGGAUCGUUCGAGUCUGACAUUACACAAUGGCGCUAUGGGUAUUCUGCGAGCAUCGCAACGGAAGAUCGAUGAGAAGCGAUCGAUACACCCUCAGUUCCCCUUCCACCCUCACGAUGAGGUGCAAAAGAUUCCCAAGGGUGAAGUGGUCAAGCUCGACAUUGGUAUCUGGUGUAUGGGAGUGGACUACGAGGAGGGCCAGACCCUUCAGGUGGAUAUCUUGGGACAGUACCCUGGUUUCACUGAAGUUGCUGCUUUCUCCAAGCCAAGGCCAGAUAGUGAGAAGAACAAGGGACAACACAAGAUUCAUUAUGGCGGAGAUCAUCCUAGCAAGGUUAUCAUUCCAAUUGUAAACGUUUAA